CGCCGCCGGAAGUGUAAAAGUCGUUGAUUGAGCGCCAGCCGUCAGUUGUUUUUGUGUUUUUAAGGAAUAAAAACUGCUGGUGGGGUUUUUAGAUAGUCAUUUAUACUUCCCGAACAUGGACGCGGUACGGAGACACAGAUCCAUGUAUAAAGGCACAACGCCACCAUGGAAAGAGACGUACAGAAAGCGUUGUGUGGAGAGGUUGAAGAACAGCAGGUCCAGGUUACUGGAGAAGUUCCGUCAGAUGGGAGACAGUUCGGGCCCCUCCAAGCGAUCUCUGCUGGUGCAGGAGGUGAUGGAGGAGGAGUGGAGCGCCUUGCAGUCCUCCAGCCACGGUCUCCCAUCACUGUGGAAUGGACACGGCAUCAGGGAGGUGUACACCGCCCAGCAGGAGUAUGAUGAACUGUCAGCGUUUGAGGAGAUUCAGCAGGAGCUUGUAGCACAAGAGCUUUCCAUCCUAGAGGAAUAUCAGAACAACAUACAGUAUGAAGAACAUUAUUUAAACUCCAUGUUGGAGAAAAUGGAGCAGAAGGAACAGCUCAUAUGUCCACUGUGUCAUGUGAAUAAUCUGACAGUCAACAGUCAUUUUACAUCAUGUCCAUGUGGCCUUUACAUCAACACGAUUGGCAGGAACGUUACAUCUGAAGUAUUGCAGAAUCUUCUAGAAAGACGGGUCACAGAGCACAUUGAGGAAUGUCUGUACAAUCCCACGUUCUCCAUGGCCUUCCACACAGACGGCUCACCAAACCUCAUGCUCAGCUGUAACGUGUGCGAUUAUCUUACAGUUGUACUGUGAGCGGUUCGUCCACACAGAAGACGGUCGAUGGAUGCUUUAAGUGUUUUGAUUUGAAAGUGAUUUUAUUUCUGUGAAAAAAUAAAGACUACUUUUAAGUUUGUCUUCACUACAUUUAUCUGAGUAUAAUGUAAGGGUAAGCAAUACUCUGACCUGAAUUUGUCAGCCAAGUUCUUCUAAACAUUGUCUCAAUGAGACGUAAUGUAAAAGUGAUAUUUGACAUCCUGUUAAUAAAACUAUUUUCUUC